AUUACCGGUAGAGCAUCGUUGAGGAUUGUCGUAAUAUUUGGGAGCCGUACGGUUGUAUAGUGUGUAAGUUCUGCAUGUAUUGAUCAGACUUUGAAGAUUGAUGCUGUUUUGCAUCCCUGGAUUCGUUCUGUUAGCACAGUGGAUAAGCAUGGCUAAUCUUCAGCAAGGAGCUCCGGAAGAAAAAGAGAAGGCUGCUGCUCUGAAAGAUUUGUUGUCAAGAAUAGAUCUGGAUGAACUAAUGAAGAAAGAUGAGCCUGCGCUUGAUUUUCCUCUUACACUUGAAGGAUUUGGGUAUUCUUUUAAUGAGAAAGGACAGUUAAGGGAUAUUAAAACUGGUGAACCAUUUGUUUUUAACUGCCGAGAAGACUUGCAUAGAUGGAAUCAAAAGCGAUAUGAAGCUCUUGGAGAGGUUAUCACACAGUAUGUCUAUGGAUUGUUAGAAAAUGAAUGUCAUCUGCAAAAAAUAAUGAUACCAGAUGAUGCUACUGAGGAGGAGCCAAGAAGUUUUAUUUUCAUGAGCGAAGAUGCACUGACAAACCCAGACAAACUCUUGAUUCUUAUUCAGGGCAGUGGUGCUGUCAGGGCAGGUCAGUGGGCUCGACGGCUGAUAAUUAACGAAGAUCUAGACAGUGGCACCCAAAUUCCAUACAUUAAGAAGGCAGUGGAUAAUGGCUAUGGAGUAAUUGUACUGAAUCCUAAUGAAAAUUACAUUGAAGUAGAAAAAACAAAGGAGCAACCUGAGCCAUCUUCUGACAGCACAGAUGAGCCUGCAGAAAAGAGGGAGCGGAAAGAUGAAAGCCUGAAAGAGACAAAGAAACGCUGCGAUGUCUAUGAAAAGUACAGAAACCCCCAAAAAGAAAAGGAAACUGAACAGAUUUGUAUUAAGGAUAAUAGCUCACCUGAGGAACAUGUGAUCUAUGUGUGGGACCACUUCAUUUCAAAGGCAAAUGCUAAGUACAUAUUCUUUGUUGCCCACAGUUAUGGAGGGCUUGCAUUUCUUGAGGUGUUGCUACAGAGAGAGGUGGAAGUAAAAAGCCGAGUGUCAGCUGUGGCACUGACAGACUCCGUUCAUAAUGUGUGGCAUCAGGAAGCUGGCAAAUCAGUUCUUGACUGGUUACAAAAGCAUUGCUGCAACUGGGUGUCCAGUGCAGAACCAUUAGACACACCAGUGGAGUCCAUGUUACCAGACUGCCCACGUGUCUCUGCAGGUACAGAACGGCAUGAGUUAACUUCAUGGAAGAGCUUUCACUCGAUUUUCAAAUUCUUUAGCAAAGCUUUAGAAGCACCAAAUGCAGAAGCCAGAUCCACGCCAACAGUAACUACAAGAAGUUCCAACAGAAUAAAACAUGAAGACUUUUAAACAGAGCAGGGCGGGGGAGAGAAUGUUCUUUUGACUGCCUUUUUUCCCUUCUUCUUCCACAAGCAGUCUCCUAUCCCCUCAUUAGAUUGUUUUCUUGGUAGAGCACUGGGUUCUGAUAUGUACAUCUAAAUUGCAUUUUGCAUUAUUUCUAGAUGAGUGCAGCUGUCAAACCAAUAUGGAUUUGCUGAUUUUUCUUCCUGUGGGCUAUUGCUUGGAUUUUGUGCUACCCAUAUUAAGUGUGACAGCGGUACUGCAUGGUGCAGCCUAGUGCAGCUCUAAUUGCCCUGACAUAGUCCUACCCCUUGCUAGCGCCAGGGCAUGACAUCUUUACUGUCGUGUCCUGGCUAUUGCAGUUUGUUCCAAAAAAAAAAAAAACUGUCAUUUUAUUUUUUUAUAUAGAACUUGGCUUUGCCUUUUAAAGUUAUAAUGUACAGUUUAUGUAUCGAGAAUACUAUCAGUCAUUAUGCUCUUUUUACAAAGCUGCUUUACAGCUUUUGCUGUUUUUGACAACAGUAAUCGGUUUUGACAGAAUUAAUCAGUUUUGGAACACUUCAUCAGUUGUUUAUGACUGUUGUAAAGCCAUAUUUUAAUGAAUAAUAACAUACAUUUAAAUUCUGCAUUUUAAUGAAAGUUUGUUUUACAAUAUGUAUGUGAAUCAUGUAUGCAAUAUGUAGUUUUUAGCACUGCUGAGACAAAAGAAAUUUAUGGGAAAAAAACAUGGAAAUCAGAUUACUGCUUUUCAGGCAGGUCAGAACAAUGCAAAAUUUUUUUUUUUUUUUUUUUUUUUAAGAAUGUGGUUCCAUCCCUCUUUAGUCAGAUUUCCUCUUUUAUAUGGGAACAGUGUAAUAAGAUUAAUUACUUCUUUAUAAGUAGAUUAAUUCACAUUAAUUUUGUAUCAUUUUAUUUUUUACAUAGAACAUCUCAUUCUUGAAAUAUUUUCCCGUUUCGUUGCGUCUCAAAACAAAAUUUUUCUACAUGGUUAAUUGAAGUACUGUCAGGCAUUUUCUAAACUUGCCAAAUGAUUUCCAGUGGCUGUUUUUUCAGGUGGAAGAAUUUUUCUUGGCAGCACAUUAAUUGGUUUUUAUGCUUCUUUUUAAUCAGUGCUUCAUUAAAAUUGCUUGAACAUUUUAUUAUUAACAUACUUCAAAGUAUUUCCAUUGUAUUUAACAUUGCUAAAUGAUAUAUACAGUUAGCUUAAAUAACAAAAGUUUUCAAACUAUGGGAAACACCUGAAUGGUUUAUUCUGGUCAUUUUCUUUAAGGCUAUUUACUUUAAUUUGCUGUAUUAAUUUAGUGGUCAUUUAAUUGUUAAUAAAACAUUUAACUCUG